CUCUUUGGAAUAUGUUCCUGGAAGUUGUGAGUUGUUAGUGUGGAACCAUGGAUUUCUCCAGAAAGUGCCAAUAACCUUUGAUUACACUGAGGUGACAACUAAACCAACACCAAGGACCACGAGUGAUUUACCAACACUGUCUUGUGGUAGUUCUACUGAGAUGAUAUCGAGCAUUAGUCUGGGCAUUGGUAAUUCAAUGGAUUUGAGCUCUGGGCUGGGAACAUUUGGUUGGUGGUUUGUGGACCCCAUAGAUUCAACAGUGUGGAUUAUGAAAGGAUACGACAAGGCCAAUACUCUUGAGCGGUACACAAACGAGAUGUCAAUUUUGAGCAAUCCUAUAGAGAAUAUAACUCUUAGACAAUCGUGUGACGGAAC